AUGCUUCUAAACAACGUUGGCGCCGGAUUCUAUUGGGUCGACCCGCCACGACCCGACCCGAAAACCAAAACCCGAAUCCCAUCCUCGUGUUUUUAUCGCCGGCGAGCGGCGUCGCCGUCUCCGGCGAUUCCUGCGGCUUUCCAAUGCGUGCGAAUGGAGAAGAAAGGCGAGAACAACCGAUCGAUAUGCACCGCCGAUGAGCUUCACCGCGUCUCUGUUUCGAACUCCAAUUGGAAUCUCGCUCUGUGGCGCUACCUUCCUUCUCCCAAGGCCCCGUUGAGGAAUCACCCGCUUUUGUUAUUGUCAGGGGUUGCAACCAAUGCAAUAGGCUAUGAUCUCUCUCCUGAGUUUUCAUUUGCUCGGUACAUGUCCGCCCAAGGUUUUGAUACAUGGACUCUUGAGGUUCGAGGUGCUGGGUUGAGCACACUUGGGGAUAGCCUGGAGGAUGAAGAGGAGUGCCUCAAGAAUUUAACUGAGGUUGAUUCUGCAAUUGGUGAUGGUAUUGGUAAAAGUCGUGCUUCUUCUGCAAGAGCAAUGGGAUUUAAGAACCUUGGUGAUUCUUUUGUAUCAGAAGUUCCUCGCAUGAAAAGUAGAGAAUCCAAGAUAAUGACUAAAUUUGAGGAAAUGCGGCUAACAACAAGGUUGUUGGAGAUGUUUGCAAGGAUAUCUGAAAGGCUUGCAGGGUUUCUCAAUGGGGAUUUGUUGGAAGGAGGACAGACUUCUGCAGUUCGUGGUCAAAUCAAGGAUUUCAAUCGAAAAAUUCAAGCUAUUAUUGAAAAUCAACAACUGUUCCCUGCACAGAUUUUGGAAUUGCAAGACCGUUUUGCUGCCACUCUAGAAGAAUUCCAAAAACAAAUUGAGCUGAUUGUCAAGUAUGAUUGGGACUUCGACCAUUUUCUGGAAGAGGAAGUACCUGCCGCGAUGAAGUACAUAAUAUCUCAAUGUCAACCAAAGGAUGGAAAAUUGCUGGCAAUUGGUCACUCAAUGGGGGGUAUCUUGUUGUAUGCAAUGCUCUCACGCUGUUGUUUUGAUGGGAAGGAUUCAGGGUUGGCAUCAGUUGUUACUUUGGCAUCAUCACUUGAUUACACCCCUUCUAGAUCAUCUCUCAAGUUGCUUUUACCCCUGGCAGAACCUGCUCAGGCCUUAAACAUUCCUGUUAUUCCAGUUGGGCCAUUGAUGGCAACUGCUUAUCCUCUUGCAAGCUAUCCUCCGUUCGUUUUAUCUUGGCUAAAUUCUCAGAUUUCAGCUGAAGAUAUGAUGGAUCAAAAACUGUUUGAGAAGCUUGUUUUGAACAACUUUUGUACAGUACCUUCUAAGCUUCUCUUGCAGUUAACAACAGCCUUCCAGAAAGGUGGUUUACGCGACAGGAGUGGAACAUUCUUCUACAAAGACCAUCUGCGCAAAAGCAAUGUUCCUGUUUUAGCAAUUGCUGGUGACAAAGACUUAAUCUGCCCUCCUGAAGCUGUAUAUGAAACAGUGAAGCUUAUUCCUGAAGACUUGGUUACAUACAAAGUCUUUGGGGAGCCUGGUGGUCCACACUAUGCCCACUAUGACUUAGUGGGUGGUCGUCUGGCAGCAGAUCAACUCUAUCCAUGUAUUACUGAAUUUCUCAUUCAUCAUGACAUGGUUUAGUCCAUUGCUCUUUUGAAAUGCCUCAUUCUUUUGUACAUCAAGGAUUUAACUAGAUGAAGAUGCUCAUAGAUCCUGCCAAUUAUAUGCAUGAUCUGUGGUAUUGGUAAUGCUUGGGUUCCCUGUAUAUAUAGUCAAAGACAAUUUACGCACGUAGUUGUUUGUAAAUAGAGUACACAAGGUGACACAGCAAAUUCUGGGAUUGUUCUCACUAUAUUGUUCUGAAUUUAAAUCAAAUUGUAAGAGUUUUACAUACUAACUGGAAGUGAAGUUGCUAUGGAAUGUUAUUUUAUGAAUUUUGUU